CCCAAUUCGAGUUCCUUGUCCCCUCCACUUUGCAGCCCCUCUCCUCCUCCCACUCAAUCAAUCAAUCAUCGGCCCUUCCCCAAUCACUCACACUCUCACUCCUCGUUAUUACUAUCACUUAGUACUACCACUACUUCUCUUUCGGCAUCCUUCCCUUCCACCUCCUCCCUGAACAUCCACCUUCCGAGAGAUGGGCUUUUCCUGAUAAGGGCAGUGCGCUGACCAUUCAGCUUUUCCCUCUUUCAUCCAUCCUUUCACCCCCGGAUUCUUCUCUCAUCAUCCUCAAUUCCCACCUUCUGCCUAAACGGUUAUCGUUCGAUUUUCGCCCAUUCUAGAACGAUGAACGUCGAUGAAGAUCGCCAGCUGGAUCUGUGAAUAAUACUUUUAGACUCGCGCGUGCGAUGGACGCUAGAAAUUCCCACCUCUAUCAGCCAACGGCGCGCUCUUUGGCCACCGACCACGAGCACGUCUUGCCUGUGCUGAGCAAACCAGCUGCUUGGGCCCCUCCCACCACUGCUGUCCAUCCGGUUACUAUUAAUAAUAAUACCUAUCAACAUCCUCAUCAUCCCUACAAUUAUCCGAUCUCGACAUCCAGCCAACCGUUGGCUUAUGGCCCUGUCCCGCCGCCGCCCCAGCAAUCACUACCUCCGGCCCCCGUCCAUGCCGACGCGCAGACCUUCACCACCGAAUCUACCCGGCAGGAUGUAAACAGGAACGGGGUCACGAAACCCCGCAAACCGCGGAAGUCCAACAAUGCCGCCGCGGGGAAAUCGACAUUGUUCUGGGUGCAUACCGAUCCACAGUCCGUGUCCGAAGGUACCAGGGAGGAGACACUCAAGCGCAUUCGUUCCCAUGUUAUGUCCGAGCACAACCGCAAGAAAAGGCUAGAAAAUACGAAACGCUACAAGAGCAAAACCUGGAAACACCUUGCCUUUCAGCCCGUGGAAACUACAGCCUCCAGUUCGUCAGCUGCAGCUCCGGCUUCUUCGGCCCCUUCUACCGGAUCCUUCCCGAAACCAAGUGUCACCGAAUCCUCCUCCUUCGGCACGCGAAUUGUCUCCGAUUCUCCCUCCUCUUCUUCUUCAUCCUCUGGUUCAUCAUCGCCCGAACAGCGACAGAAGGAAGUACCGCAGCAAGAGCUGGUGGUUACGGACGCGGGCAGUUACCCAGCUGUUUCUGCCGAGACAGUGGACAACUACAGCAACGAAACUCCUUCUUCGCAGAAUGCUCUCGCGCCCGUGCAGUCUGCAACUCCGUGGGCUUAUUUGGGCGGUGCCACCGACCCGUUCAAUUCGAUGCAUACGGUCAUGUCGGACCGUAUGUGUCGACACCUUCAGCACUUUUUCGACCUGACUCAGCAGGCAUAUCCUCUGCAGCGCCGGUAUGGACCUAAGUUGCGGGAUCACUGGACCGCAUUAGUCCAACAAGAUCCAGUAUCAUUGCACGCUUGUAUAUGUGUAGCGGCGUCGAAUUCCGCCUUGGCAGCAGGGGAGCUCCCGCUGACGGACCCCAAUAAGCGGCGUUCUAGCGUGCUACUUCUGGACACAUUCCACCAUCGGGGUGAGACAAUCAAACUAGUCAAUGAGGGAUUGUCGGAUCCGAUCAAGGCCUCCAGUGACCAGCUGAUCGCCGCCGUGUCAAUCCUAUUGACGAUUGAGAUUGCAUCUGGCAAUGCCGACUAUCUCAAAAUCCAUCUGGCGGGCCUCCGGCAGAUGGUAGGUAUGAGGAAAACCUUCGCGGAUGUGCCGCCCGACGUUCGAUUCCAGAUAUCAUGGACUGACAUCCGUGUGGCGUGCAUGGCCGGCACCAAGCCCAUAUUCCCUUUUAUUCGUUACGCCCGUCCCUCGCAAUUGGCACUUAUGCCUCCUAAUGACGAUCUACUAAUUUUAGCUACGCGUUUGACACAAUUAAUUGAGAUACCCGGCAUCUUUGGGGAUGCCAUGUCCAAGAUGAUAUAUGACCUGGCUGCAUUGACGUGGUACUGCGAAUGGAUCAAAAGUACAACGCAAUACCAAGAAUUUGACGAUGAGACGGAGGACUACUUCAACACCGAAGUCCUGUACGUCGAGUACUCCCUCCACGAGGACCGUUACACGGCGACAGGCGAAAUCAAGAUGGAAGCCACCAUCGAAGGCUGCGUUCGGCUGGCAUGCCUGGUGUUCCAUAACACCGUCAUUUGGGGCUUCUACCCGCACAUCGCGCCGGUGUUCCCCAAACCUGUGACUGCGCUUCGUUUAGCGCUGGAAAGCACGAUGAGUGCUGGAUACUUUGAACUGUGCCGGGAUGUGCUGAUCUGGAUCCUGUUCAUCGGGGCGUGCAGUUCGCGGCUGCUACCGGAGCGGACAUUUUUCGUGAACGAGCUUGUUUCGGUACUGCGAGAAGACGGAAGCAUCCACUCGUGGCAGGAACUCCGAGCCCUACUUCUGGGCUUUUUCUAUGCGGACCGGAGUUAUCUGACUCCGCUACGAGAACUAUGGGAUGAAAUUGAGAUAAAGCUCCGCGCACCGCACGAAUGUAUAUAGACCCGACAUAACACUCAAACAUAGGACUGAUCGCAUGUUACAUGUGGCAUGUAUGAUAUAUUAAUGAGACACGGUAUAUAUGACACUGCUGCCAUUAGUUCUCACGGUUCCCAUAGUACUACUCCU